CCCAAGCCCAAACCCAAGCCCAAGCCAAGCCAAGCCGAACGAACCCCUGCCAAGCCAAGCCAAGUGGAGUCAAAUCAAACGUAACCAAACCAAACCCAAUUAAGCCUAACCAAGCCAAGCCAAGGGUCAGCAGGCAACUUUGACGUUUAUCGUUCGGCCGACGGGGCCGCUGAAGUAGGCGAGCACGAACUUGCUCCUCGUUUCGUAAAUCCACAGGCGGUGGACAGGACAGAGCCAGCCGUUCGAGCCAUCGCGUUCCGACGGUACGGGGAUACGCGAGUGUUUAACAGUGACAAAGAUUAGCGGUUUAUAGAGGACGCGAGGAGGCUCGAAGGGCACGAGGCUCAAGGCCGAGUAGAGUGCGAUUAGGAAAAGGUGUUUAUUGAGUGAAAAGGCGGAGGCCGAUUGUCAUUUUUGCCGGGGAAAAUACAGCCGCUACGGUGGCUCAGCACGCAGAGUUCCCCGGUGCGGCCAGGGCGUUCAUGGCGCAGCCCAGGGGGUACGAGGACGGCGGGCUACACGGGGGUUACCUCGAGGGUGGCGGCGGCGCGGGCCUCUACGAUCCACAUGGGAGUGCCCGCAGCGUCCCGGGCCUCCACCACAGUCCGCACUUGGGCACCAUGGGCCCGGGUCACCCCCAGUAUCCGCCGCCCCCGCCCCAGCCGCCCCACGUACUCGCGGCAGCGGCUGCAGCAGCGGCCGUACCCGAGGCCCAUGUUAAGCGCGACAAAGACGCCAUUUAUGGGCACCCCCUGUUUCCACUGCUUGCGCUAAUCUUCGAGAAGUGUGAACUAGCGACAUGCACACCACGUGAGCCCGGCGUCGCAGGUGGCGACGUCUGCUCAUCCGAAAGUUUUAACGAGGACAUCGCCGUCUUCUCGAAACAGAUCAGACAAGAGAAGCCUUACUACAUCGCCGACCCGGAGGUGGACUCGCUGAUGGUUCAAGCGAUCCAAGUACUCCGGUUUCACCUCCUCGAGCUUGAAAAGGUGCACGAGCUUUGCGACAACUUCUGCCAUCGGUACAUCAGCUGCCUAAAGGGCAAAAUGCCGAUCGACCUCGUAAUCGACGACCGGGAGAGCACGAAGCCCCCGGAGCUCGGCAACGGCCUCGACGGGGGCGGACCCCGGAGCACCGCCGACAGCACCAGCCAUACCGACGGGGCCAGCACGCCGGACGUCAGGCCACCUUCCUCGUCAUUAUCGUACCCCGGACCUGGUGGAAACGACGACGUGCGCAGCCCCGGCAGCGGAGGUACACCUGGACCCCUCAGCCAACAAGCCCCCACAAGUUUGGAUUCAUCAGAUCCUGAUGCCAUGGGUAAAUGGUGUCAACGUCCUAGAGAUUGGAGUUCGCCGCCCGAUGCGCAAAGAGCGGCGAGCGACGCAGCGCGUCGUGGCGUCCUCUACUCUUCCGUUUUCCUCGGCAGUCCCGACUCAAUGCUUACUGUUUCAGGCGACGCGAGUAACGCGAGUAUCGGCAGUGGCGAAGGGACGGGCGAGGAAGACGACGACUCGUCGGGUAAGAAGAACCAAAAGAAAAGGGGCAUCUUUCCCAAGGUCGCGACCAACAUCCUCAGGGCGUGGCUGUUUCAACACCUCACGCAUCCGUAUCCAUCGGAAGACCAGAAGAAACAGUUGGCGCAGGACACGGGGUUAACGAUUCUUCAAGUCAACAAUUGGUUCAUCAAUGCGAGGCGUAGAAUUGUUCAACCUAUGAUAGACCAGAGCAAUCGAGCCGUGUUUCCGACAUUGUCCGCAGGUCCGAGCGGUGCUUACAGUCCGGACGCGACGAUGGGCUACAUGAUGGACGGACAAGCGGCCAGUAUGAUGCACCGACCUCCAGGCGACCCGACCUUCCACAAUCAGUACCACUAUCCACCCGAAUAUUACGGGCAUCACUUAUAAAGCUGGAUGCACGCGUAGGCGAACGAAAGACGUUGAUGAGACGUCGUGACGAUGAGAUAGCAGGAUGAAGCAUGACUGUCCUAGAGCGCAGACCGGGUACUAUGUGGAAGUGUACGUGCGACCACUAGCAGAGCCACCGCGAUGCGUUGAAAAAGAAAUAUUAAUUAAAUUAGGAGCAGAGCCGACGAUUCUUGCCUCGUGGAUGCUCAUCUCGCUGGAUUAUUCAUGCCCCUCGACUCGGCCGCUGAGGC